UAAUAACGAAGUGAACAAAGACAGCACAAAUCUCAAGACCACAAAAUGGCGAAAACACAGUCAAUGCUUUAAAAGAAAUUUGUGCAGAUUUGGAAUUUGGACAUGCUGCUGCAUCAACGUUCCUUAAGAUAAGAAGCCGAGUUCACGAAAUGUCCGGGAAACCUGAUUUCAUCUGUGUUCCUACUGCGCUGGUGAUCAGCAGAUUUCUUGGGGACGCUUAUGCGGCUUCUUCUCCCCCACGUCAAAUUAGAGAGGAGAACAAGCAGGAGUGUGGCACUGUUGUUUACGGCGUCACUGCAUCAGUGGGAGGAAGCUACUGCUUGCCCCUUGGAACAGAUGCUCACCGUUCAAACGUUCUGCGAGGGCCUCGGCAGCAAGUGCUUGUGCGACUACGAGUGCUGCGGGGCUUUGACGUGCGGUGACAACCAGUGUGUCGACAACACCAAAUUCAAGCCGGAGAAAAAGGCGCCUUUGAAGCUUGACGCAGAUCAGUUGCUCUACCGGCGUAUGCAAACCCUCUUUAAAGCAUGGAUAAACCUCACAAACGAAAAAUGACAUUAGAUUUUCAAGACCGUUGUACCGUUUCUUUUUCCGGGUUGACGCAAUAAAAAAGACGCAUACUUCAA